AUCAACACAAAAUGUCCGACGCUGAUCUUAGUAAUGACGUCGAUGCGCCUUGUCCAAAGAAAUUAAAAGUUUCGCAAGAUAAAGAGAAUGGUGUGAACGACAAUCAGUUACAACUCAAAGACUUUAUACCUGAGAAAACAUUAAACAAUAACACAAGUAGGAAAACAGUUUGCAUUCAGGGCAAAUUUAAGGAUAAAAGUGGCGUGGCUUUAAUUCUUUUAGAGAAAAAUGCUUUUAAAGAGGAACAUUUAAACAAUGGUAGUGGUUAUUUUACUGAACAUACGGAGCUUUUGACUUACUUCCAGAACGAUAUUUACGGAAAUUAUGAGUGCUUUCCUCAAUCGUCAUUGAACGGUGUAAAAACAACUAUAAUAUAUCCAGCUACAGAGAAGCAUAUUGCAAAAUUUUCAGCACAGAAUAUCCACUUGAUUGCUGAGACACCAGAGUUAUAUGAAAAAUUAACCUUACCACACAUCGAGAAAGAGCAAUUCAAUUUACAGUGGGUAUAUAAUAUUUUGGAAGGCAAGAGUGAGCAAGACAGAGUUGUUUAUGAUAACAAGUGUGAGAAGGAAGGAUUUGUGCUAGUGCCUGAUCUGAAGUGGGAUGGUUUGACUAAAGAGACAUUAUAUUUACUAGCAAUUAUACGACAGAGAGGCAUAAAGUCUUUGCGAGACUUGGAUGCAAGCCACCUACCGUUGCUGAAGAGAGUCCGUGACGAGGGAAAGAAAAUCAUUUUAGACAAAUAUUGUGUACCAGGCAGCCAACUGCGUAUAUACUUGCAUUAUCAGCCUUCAUUCUACCAUCUGCAUAUACAUUUCACGUAUCUGAGGCACGAGGCACCUGGUAUCUAUGCAGAGAAAGCUCAUCUUCUUGACUCUGUCAUCAGUAACCUCGAAAUGAUGGGAGAUUAUUAUAAAAAGGCCACAUUACCAUUUACUGUUAGAGAAAUGGAUAAUAUCUUUAAUGUUUAUGAGACAAAUGGACAUCUGCAAAGGAUUAAGCCAAAUAUCGAGAAUAUUGAGCUAAUUGAUAAGUAAUAUAUUUUUAUAAAACAUUGUAAGGUCCAAAUACUGUCUGGAUUUUAUUCUGAUAUUAAUUUGAUAAGUGAAAAUGUUAAUAAAAAGUAUUUUUAUGGAGUUGCGAACUAGAUUGCGCAGUUGCAACGUUUAUAUAACGACAGGUGUUGAUUUCAGCAAGAAUUGUAACUUGAAAAUAAGCAUACAAUCUAAUUGCAUUGUAAUAAACUAUUACAAUGAUAAUGAUAAAUUAAAGCGAAGUGAUAGUCUGUCUUCUAUAGAAAGCCUUUCUGACUGUGAAUCUUAUUCGGAGGAUGAAACUGAUGUAUCCACAGUGAUACCAAUAAAUGAAUACUGUGAAAUCAUACCAAAUUCUAUGUCAUGUCUUAAAUUUAAUAAAAAUACCAUUUCAUUCAGGAUUCUGACUGCUCCCAAAAAUGGUGGUAAUUUUUACAAGGAAUUACUGUCUUCAACUAACAAUUUUCAAAAUAAACCCUGCAGUGAAUUGUUAAUGAAUGUGAAACCAAACGAUGGAAUAAAAAUCAUGUGCACAAAUUGUUCCAAUAUAAUAUCAGCAGGAAUAGUCAAAUUCGACAGAGUUCUAGAAUUGCCUUCGGAAAACCUUGAUAUGUCAGAUUGGUUCUGUCAUGGGCAUGGACAUGGCCACGGCGAGAACCAUGGACAUGGAAAUAAUGAAGCUAUUGAAUUGAAACCAAACAAAAAUGACUUCCUCUACAGACUUACAUAUUUUCUUAUAAACCAUUGUGCUUUAUCUGAAAAGAGCAACAAAUUUAAUUUAAAGAGAAAUUCUUAUCAUUGCAACAGGUGCCUGGCAUGGCUAGGAAUCAAAAACAAAGAUACAGUCAAGAUGUUCAAUUCUGAAGUAAAAAUUAACGAUGGAGAAGCUGAUAUUACUGUAUUUACACACAAACAGCCAUCAUUAGAUCUGAAAAUUGAUGAUUUCAUUCAUACAAUAGAAAAAAUGGCUUAUGAAUUUAAUCUUGGCAUGCAAUACUCCGUUAUGUGUAAAAUUGUUCUGGAAUGUCCGAUUUCAGCUAACAACAAACAGUAUCUUUUGAUUUGGAUUAUGGAUAAGGAGCUUCAAGUUUUGCGGGAUACUGGAGAACAUAUUGAAAAUGAUAAAAUCAAGUUGCAGUCAAGUUUACUGACAAAAAUUUUGUAUAGAGUAGAGUUUACUAUGAAUGGAGAGGUGGAGGCGUGGUUAUCAGAUCCUGGCGUGGUUUCGACAGACAUAUCAAAGAGUAUGUUCUGCCGUGGUGUGGAACAUUUGCAAAAGAUGACAGAAAAAGUGCCAGAAUGUUUCCGCAAUACUAAUGGUUAUUGUGUAAGUUACUUGAAAGUUUGAAAAAGAAAUAAAUUUGCUUAUAUUUA